AAUUCUACGGCCUUCACCGCCACCCGACCACUUCCUUCACAGGAAGAGAAAAGAAAGACGGCAGAGGAGCUGAGGGAGGCCAAGAUGGGUGAGGGAGUCAAAGUGGCCGAAGGAGUCGGCCGGCGUGGCGAGGGGGGUGAUGAGGCGAUGAUGUGGAGGGAAGCAAACGGGUCCAGGGGUCAGCGCGCAAUCAGCGGCACAGAACAAUUGCAGGGAAAAAAAGUGCUGCUGUCUGAGACCACAAGCAACACAACAAAAUAUGUGAAGAGAAUCUGAAAGCUGUAAUUGUACCACAGGGGUGGUAGAAAUAUGCCACUCACAAUGGACACAUUUAAAACAGUCACGACAGGAAGGUCCAUCCAUAACCACCGGAAGUGUCCUCAAGUCGCAUACACUCCAGACCGAAAGUUUUGGGAAUCACGCUCAGGUUGGGAAGAGACUGUACAAGGGUGUCAGGUUUCUCGGAGACGGGGGUGGAUUGUCCUGGGAUUCAUUUACAUACUGCCCACCCCACCUCCUCUCCCAUUGGUCGAGCCUGUCGGCAUGUGGGUACUCACUUCCAAACUUCCUCAGUAAGAGAAAAACUUUCCAGCGGUGAGGAUGAUGAUGAAGUGUACGGCAAGAUGGUGGAAGCAGCUGUUGGAGUGAGCAAUGCCAGCGGUGAUCAAAACGGGAAUGAUGAUUUGCUCCUGGACCAAAACUAAACCAGACAAAACUCUUUUUGUUUUACAACUGGAAAAAACCAUCUGAUCAUCACUUCUCCUUCCAUCUUAUUUGAUGAUUUUAGCAGAUCUACUUCGAGCACGGUGGACGUAUACCUGAAUCCAAAAUUUACCAUAACUCAGAUUGUUGUUCUGCAACUCGGAAAAAUGAUUUGAUCAUUUUUAUUUCAUUUUGGUUUUUUUUAUUUUUUGGAUGUGGAUGAUUCAGUAGACAUUUUCAUCAUGCUUCUUCUUCAUAUCCUUCUGGUUCUGAACUUUGGCUGGAGGGUUCGCUGCUCUGAGCCGUCGUCCAUCACCAUCCAGUACCGCGUCUGGGAAGAGCAACCUGCAGGAACCCGGGUGGGCCGGCUGGUGGACGACCUCUUGCAAUUGGAUCAGGUGGGUCCUUUUGAGAACUUCCAGAUUGUGGAACAUGGGUGGGCCCUUCCCUUUGCCAUCAACGCCGGAGAUGGCGAGGUCUCCACCCAAGGCCAGUUGGACCGGGAGCGGUUGUGUCGCAGUGCUGACGAGUGCGAAGUGGCCUUUAGCGUCCUGUACAGGAAGAGCGGGGCGGUGCACUGCUUGCGGGUUCACGUGGAGGUGAUGGACCUUAAUGACCACAACCCUAGCUUUGCCAGCCCCGUCCAGGAGCUGGAGAUCUCCGAGACGGCCGUCUUACGGAUGCGGAUUCCUCUGGAGUCUGCAGUGGAUCCAGAUGCGGGAGCCAACGGGCUUCAAACCUACUCGUUGUCCACCAACCAGCAUUUUGCCUUGGAUGUAACUUCUGCGCUAGGUGGGACCAAACAGGCAGAGCUAGUGGUAAUCAAAGAAUUGGAUCGGGAAGUUCAAGGAACCUUUGAGCUCACCCUGGUGGCGUGGGACAAAGGGAACCCACCAAGGUCUGGGAGUACUUUAAUCCGAGUAAAUAUUUUGGACUCAAAUGAUAACAGUCCUACAUUUGAAGAAAGUGCCCCCAUAGUGGAGAUACCUGAGGACACAGAACGUGGGACAACAAUCAUCCACCUCAAAGCCACAGACCCCGAUCAGGGCACCAACGGGGAGGUGGAGUAUUCGCUGAGUAAGCACUCGCAUCCAGAUGUUCAGAGGCUUUUCUUUGUGGAUCCACAUAGUGGUGCUGUGAGCAUCAGAGCUCCUUUGGACUACGAGGCCCAGACGUCCCAUGAAGUGGUAGUCCAGGCUCGUGAUCUUGGACCCAACUCCAUUCCUUCACAUUGUAAGCUCCAUGUCAAGCUGGUGGAUGUCAACGACAACGCACCAAGGAUCCACAUGACCUGGACUCAUCCCAGUUCCCCUGCUGCAAUGGUGCUGGAAGGUCUGCCAGCGGGCACCUUCCUCGCCUUGGUGAUGGUUUCGGAUGCUGACUCAGGAGAAAACGGGAAAGUGACAGCCAUGAUGAAACACGGUUCAGGUCCCUUCCAUAUUAAGAAGAUCCAUGGUGAAAAUUACAUGAUCGAAACUGCAGGUGUCUUGGAUCGAGAGGAAGUGAUGGAAUAUAACAUCACGCUGGUGGCGCAGGAUUAUGGAGAUCCACCGUUGUCCUGCGUGAAACACCUUCCCGUUCGAGUUCUGGAUGAAAACGACAAUGCGCCGCUGUUUUCCUCGGCCGUCUACAAAGCCUCAUUAAAGGAAAACAACGUGGCAGGCUACCGUGCACUCAAGGUCCACGCGCAUGAUGCUGACUUGGAGCUCAGUGGCAGAGUUUUGUACCACCUUCAUAACUCCAGCGACGCAAAGACUUCCACCCAGCCCUUCUCCAUUCACCCGACCAGCGGCAUUGUCAGCGUCCUUCAACCUCUGGACUACGAGAAGUACCACUCGUAUUUAUUUCUGGUGGAGGCUGUGGACCAGGGCCACCCGCCCCUCAGGACCACAGCCACGGUUCAAAUUGACAUCCAGGAUGUGAAUGACAACUACCCGGUCAUUAAGGAACCUCGACCCAAUCAUGGCGUGGCUCAGCUCAUUGUUCCCAUCAACGUGGACCAUGGGGAGGUUGUGGCAGAGCUGGGUAGCAUCGGCGAGGACGGAACAACCCCUUCGCCCAUCAAGCACUCAGUCCGAGAAGGAUUCGAUGUUUUUUUUGCCUCUACCAUAAAGGCUGAAGAUUUCGACUCGGGACUGAACGGACAACUCCAAUAUUUUAUCACCGACGGUAAUCCCCAUGGCCUCUUCUGGUUAGACCAAUCCACGGGCCAACUGUUUGUCAAUACCACUAACGCCACCCAGCUGGUUGGAAAAACCGUGAAGGUGGACAUUUCUGUUUCUGACAUGGGGACCCCCAGCCUUUCCACCAAGGCCACACUGGAGGUGACUUUCAUCAACCUCAAGGACCACUUGAAAAACUCAGCCGCUGGGAGCCGGGGGCGGCUCAGCUUUACCAUGAUGCUGGCCAUCUGCUUGGGGGCGACGUGCCUUCUGCUGCUUCUCGCCAUUGCCUCGGUUACAACCUUCUGCAGACCCGACAAAAGAGACUACCGGGCCUACAACUGCAGGCAGGCCGAGUCUACGUAUACCCGCCACCCGCGUCGUCCACAGAAAAACAUCAGAAAGUCUGACAUUCAGCUGAUUCCUGUAAUGAGAGAGCGCAAAGAGGAAAUCCCACUGGAUGAGAGCGAGAAGACACCACUCACUUUAUCACACGACCAGCGUACAGCGAAACACUUUGAGUUGACACCGAUGACGAUGAACUCGAGCUUCCAUCCCCAAACGCACCUGGAUGGCGAUGUCCCUCAUGGCAGAACACUGCGAAAGCCCGGAAACAUCCAACUGGACGCUGCUUUGCCUUUGACACCGGCGAGUUCCUAUCAUACCCUUCGCAAGGCAAGAAACCCGUCGUCAGCGUCUUCUUCAGGAUCCCAUUCAAGCACGCUGAAGCGGAAGACGGCGGAGGCGACGGCUUCCACGCCUCAGGCAACCCUCAGGAGACCCAAAAUGUCGGAGAGUCGGGGGUCCAGCGAUGCGGAACAGCGACAGAUCCUCCGGAAUCUAGUGCGACUAUCCAUGGCGGCCUUCGCAGACUCCAUCGAGCUCUCGUCUGCUUCUCCGGAAGUGCAACAGAUUUCGCAGCUGCUGUCGCUCCUCCGUCAAGGUCAGCUGCAGCCUCGGACCAACUUCCGCGGAAACAAAUACUCUCACCGAGCCGCUGGGAGAUAUGCAGGUCAGGACUGUCCUGAUUGGCAAAGCACCAAGGAUAGCGGGCAUGGCGAGAGCGAGGCAGGGGACAUGGACUGGGACGCGGGCAGGGACUCGCCCAUCGACCCCCAACUUGAGGAGGGACUGCAUAACUUGCUCAAUCACUCUGAAGACAUCAGCGACCCAUCGUGGAUGGCGCGUCUGUCUGUGACCCUUUCGGGAGAUUACCAUGACAAUGUCUUCGUGCCCAACGAACCGCCAUCCGAUGACAGCGAGCUGAUGCCGCGUCACGCCUUGGACUCCUCAUCUUCCUUCUCCACUUUUGGGAAAACCCCAGACAAGGACGGCCCACUGGGCGGGGCUUUGCUCUCGGAGGUCAGCACACUCUUUGAAAUGCUGAUGACGCAGAAAGCCGACGCCCACCCUGGCCCUCGAGCCGACGUCCUCUACCGGCUGUCCUCGGCGUAUCGUCGUUCGUUGGAGGCGGACCCAGCUAUGCCCGCUACGAGCAGCCCAAUGCGAGGUCUGGCUUCGCAUCCUGGACGCUUUUAACACUGGGAGCCAAAGAAAUCACAUGAAGUGAGUCUUAUGUCUGAUCAUCUCAUUUUGUUCUUUAAUUUAAACCACUAAGUGAUUUGUAUAUGCUUGACUGCAACAUUUCCGAACCAAAAGGUAAAAAGAUGCACAGUGUGUCCAGAUGGUGCUUAAAUGACCCAAAUUUGCCUUGACUGUCGCCCAAAUAUGACCAAAACAAAGAUUUUGGUUAUUCAUCAUAUCCUUUGCAGUCUGGGGAACAAAAAGGGAAGGUAGCCAUUUCAAAACCAAAAUGGCUGCCUUGCUCUAUCUUUUCAGUUGUGUCUUCUAGAGACCUUUUUGGAGAUCAUCUCAUGACAGCCUGAUGUUUAUCAAAUUUUGUUAGCUACGUGAGCCCGACUUGAAAAAAAAAAA